GGAGCAAUAUGAUUGCUCGUUUGCCGUGCAUGAAGCCAUUCCUUGGGAGGAGUAUGCUGCGAUGGCUGCGGCUCCAGCAGUGGGCAUCGCGGAUGGGGGAUCGUGUGAAGAUAGGGCUAUUUCCCGGCCACGAGACAGGCAGCAAAACUUUAAAGCAUGCCGGCCGCAAAAAUAGCAAAGAUCUCCUGGCCGUCGCAGGCAUGCCGAGAAGCCGACAUUGCAAUACACAAUCCCUUGAUUGGGUUGCCGGCAUGGCCAGAUAAGAGGCAUCCCCCCUAUCCCGUCAGACCCGUAGGAGCUGCCCUACUAAAAUGCCAUCGGGUGGACAGAUAUCGCUGUAUGCGGGUAUUUUUAGCCUGCCUGCGGUCACUCGGAGCUGCGAGCGGCUGGCUGUAUCACCGCAGAUUUCGAAGGCCAAGUGGUGUUCAUGCAUGCGAGAUCCUUUGCGUUGAGGCUGAACAAGAUGCAGUCUUUCCAGAAUAGGUCUUACGUGACAAUUCAGCAGGCUGAUCCCGCGAGCAAACAAUCAGAGACAUCCCUCCAUGGCCGAGAUCAGUCUGUUCAGAGCGGCCCUGAGGCUCCACGGCAAAUACGGUGGAAUAGCCACAUGGACUAUCUUCACUUUAUAACGGAGAAGACGACUAUGCCUUGCUUUGCCAGUUUCUCCCCUUGAGUAACCGAUUCCCCGUACCCCCUCGUUGCCCGUGUCCGAGACAGCAGCAUGCCCUGCAUGACAGCCCGGAAGACCCGGUGGACCGUAUGUCUGUUCAUCGUGUCCUGUGCCCUCGCGUUCACCACGGCAAGCGCAGCGACCAAAGAACAAUGGCGACACCGGUCCGUCUAUCAGAUCGUGACUGACCGGUUUGCCCGGUCUGACGAUGCCACGACGGCGCCCUGCAACGCUGCUGCCGGUAACUACUGCGGCGGCAGCUUCAGAGGCAUCAUCGACAGGCUGGAUUACAUUCAGGAUUUGGGAUUCUCCGCCGUUUGGAUCUCGCCCGUCACGUACCAGAUUCAAAAAGUUACCAGCGAUCUUUCCGCGUAUCACGGUUACUGGCAGGAGGAUUUGUACCGAAUCAAUCCGUCGUUCGGCACUCCAGACGAUCUCAAGGCGCUCUCCGCCGAGUUGCACGCCCGUGGAAUGUAUUUGAUGGUCGACGUGGUCGUUAACGAUCUCGCCUGGGCCGGAAAUUAUACGAGCAUCGACUACAGCCAAUUCAACCCGUUCAACAGCCCGGAGUAUUUCCAUCCCUUUCGACUUCUAUCGGAUGACUUCAACAACAGCACCUGUGUGACAGAGUGCUGGCUCGGAGACGAAACGGUAUCCCUGCCAGACCUCAAAACCGAAGACCAUGUCGUUGCGUCGAUGCUGUAUUCAUGGGUGUCGGAGCUGGUGUCGAACUAUUCCAUGGACGGUUUACGUCUGGAUAGCAUAUUCAACGUGGACCAACAGUUCUGGCACGGAUUCAACAGCUCCGCCGGUGUAUUCUGUCUGGGCGAGGGAAGCACGCAGGACGCCUCUUCGUUAUGCCCGCUGCAAUGGAGCAUAGACGGGCUCUUGAAUUACCCUCUCUACCACCGGCUCACGGCGACCUUCAACAACACGGAGACCGACAUGGCCGGCUUGCUGGAGGAAAUGAGCAGGAUCAAGAGCCAAUGCAAGGACGUCUUUUCUUUAGGCACGUUCACUGAGAAUCAGGACGUUCCUCGAUUUGCGUCUUAUACAAAGGACAUUUCGCUUGCGAAGAACAUCAUUACCUACAAUAUCCUCGGUGAUGGCAUCCCAGUCUUAUACUACGGCGAGGAGCAGCAUUUCGACGGAGCCUACAACCCGGUCAACCGUGAACCUCUGUGGUCAACCGGCUACGACAAUACAUCAACGCCUCUUCCCGCGCUCGUCCAGUCCUUAAACCGAAUCCGGUCCUACGCCAUCCAGGAUGGACAGCAGUACACGGAAGAUGCAUCCGGCAGCAGGGAAUACGCCACGUUCGUCUCGUAUCCAAUCUAUAACACAUCGCACGUCGUGGCUCUCCGCAAAGGCUACGCCGGGAACCAGGUGGUCGCGGUCUUAUCGAACCUGGGUUCUAAUCCCAGCAGUGAUUCAUCCGAGACCUCGCUCGUCCUCUCAACCAACGGAACGGGAUUCCAUCCUGGACAGAACGUUACGGAGAUCCUCUCGUGUGAAUCUGUUCUUACAGAUUCCUCGUCGGGGGAUCUCCGCGUCAGUCUGAGUGAUGGUGGACCGCGGGUGUUCUAUCCUAGCAAGAGUCUCAACAACUCUGGGAUCUGUGGGUAUGAGCGCCUAUCCGCGAAUUCCUCGACCAAUUCCUCCGGGCCGUCCGCGGAGUCUGGAGCAGACAUUCGGUUUUCUAAAGGAGGAAGUAUGGGGCUACUGGUGUCCGGGCUCAUGUUGGCUCUGCUGAUGAUUAUAUGCUGAUGGUACGGCAUGCAGGAUCGGGUCUUCAAUUCUAGAGUGCUGCAUGAUGUGGCAGAUCGUCCUCCCUUCUCGGUUACUGUGUGCUAUCAUAGUCUUUGUAGACAGAUUUGGUUAAGAUGAAUGAUAUUUGGUGUCUGCCUCGCAUCCUGGGCAUGACCUUUCAGCCAGUUCUCAUUGAUGCACGCCUGUCCAUGUUCACAUUGUACGCCUAGUCAGCCGGCUUCUCCGGGCUGCUUUUUUGGCAAUUUUGUCAAGAGAUCCGAUUCCACGGGCUGCCGCUUGUUGCUAAUAUCUCUGGACUAUGCAAUCCACUCG